CAGGACACAGAAACUCUAAACUGUUAGUAGAUCAUUUCCAUUAUGGAUACAAUAAUGCACACAUAAAUAUGUACACAAUGUGACAAACACUAUUUCUGAAUUAUCUUUAUUUAUUUUCUGAUUGUGAGAAUAUUUUCAUACCAUUGUAUAAAUAAUAAAGUAAGAACCAUGCAAAUAAGACUGUUCUUCAUCGAGUGGAAAUUGAAAAUAACAAGUAUGGGACGAUGGGGAAAUUACGGACGCUGAAGGAAAAUGAGUUUGCAACCGAACCUACUACGGUGACGUUGGUAAAACUUACGACCUGACCGUCAACAAGUCCAAGGAUGAACGACUGCCAUUUCUGUGCCAUCUCACAUUCACUGCUAAUGGGCAGACCCAUGGCGAUAUCGUUCAGCUCAUCUUCGACGAGUUCAAACUUGGGAGGUACGAAGCUUCAGCGUUGGAUGGAUGCCCAGACGGCUACAUGCAGCUUAGCGAGCUCGGUCGUCCAUUUACCGGAGGGUCCUGGUGUGGAACUUCAUCCGGACCAGCAGCCUACUACAGUGAAACAUCGACGGUGACUGUAUCCGUGAAACUGUUUGGGUCCCCUCAACUCCCCUUCAAAUUCAGUCUGAGGUACAGAUUCGUCAGCAGAAGAGAAGCUGUGGUGAGAUUUGGUUCACCAUCGGCACCCCUGGAACGAGGUCAAGUAGCCCCGGGUACCUACUGCACCAGGAAAUUCGAAGAGUGUUACAGAAGACCAUGCAGGCUACAAUCUCCAAACUACCCUGGGAUGUAUCCAAGGAACGUCUCGUGUUAUUGGAGCCUGCGACAGAAGUUCGUCCCAAAAUGCAAGCACGCCAUGAUUGCUGUUAGACAAGAAGCGGCGCAUAAGAUGCACAUGAAGAGAUCCAUAAACGUGGCUGGUUUGAACAAGACUGCUAGGGCGCUGAGAGCUUGGAGAGAUUGCACAGGAGAAAGGGACCAUCUCAUCUUUUAUGACGGUGGUUCGACCAACGACCCAGUUCUUGCGAAAUACUGCGGGGGAGAUUGGUUGCCCAGGGUAGUUUCUAGAGGUCCUGAGAUGUUGGUAGCCUUCCAUUCGUCGCCUUUUAGCAUUCCUCUCCAUUCGCCCCAAGCACAUUCUCCGUUACGGGGGUUUGAGCUGGACGUGGACGUCAUUUUUGCUGAUUCGGAUUCGUUGGAUUAUUCAAGGACAGCUGUCAAAUGCGAAUUCGACGUAAACUCCACAAGUCCCGAUAGCGAUGAGAUAUGGACUGGUAGAGGAAGGAAAGGAAGACUUAUAAGUCCUAAACAUUCCCUUCCCCCAAACACUACCUGCACUUAUAAAUUCAUAGGGUACCCCGGGGAUCUUGUUUGGGUCAGUUUCAUAUCUUACAGUCAAAGAGCUCUUCUGGUUGGUGAAAGCGCGCAUGCUCUAUUAGGUAACAGUUCUUUGAGUGGGGAUUGUUCCGCCAGGUUGAGGAUCUGGGAUGGUACUCUGCUUCUGGAGGAUAAAUGCGACGAGCCUCCUAAACUCUGUGAUCAUAGCGCCCUCAGUAACUCCUCGAGGAUUACUAGACCUUGUACGUUAGAGGAGAGUUAUCUUUCUUCCGGGAGGAGUUUAGUGAUCCAGCAUUACACAGAAGAUGGCACCGCUCUGCAUCCAGCAUCGUUCAAGUUGAAAUAUGAGUUUGUGGAUACAAGAUUAGGAGGAGAGCCAUGGCCUGAACAGGAUGAUGAUAAGAAAUGUUACAGGGUAUUUCGAAGUCCCCACCAAGGUGAAAUAACUUCGCCAAGAAACAUAUUCCUUUACGGACGUGGGGGUUCUAGAGAAAUAGAAUGCGUUUACAGAUUCGAGGCAGAUUAUGGAGAGCGCGUGCGAGUUAUACUGAACAAUGCUUCCUUUGGAAUGAACCCAACUUGUGAAACUGCUAUGGAUCCUCACUCCAACCGUUUGAUAUGCGAUCAUUACAACAAAAACCGUAUCGUUGAGCUGAGUGUUUGGGAUCUACCCUGGACAGACAUUGAGCUUUCAAAAGCUUGCAUAUGUGAUAACACAUCCCUAACUAGCAAACCAUUAGUGUUCAUAUCUUCAUCUAGACAUUUAGAGAUACAUUUCACUGCCAAACAGAUGAAUAUGACGGAAGAUUUCACUGUCCUUCAUUUUCACGCAACGUUCGAGAUAAUCAAGAUGCCGAGUUGCCCUAGGCAACAGAGGGUUAGAGGGUAUGGGGGUGACGUACAAUUCAACACUCCACCAGCUGACAGAUCUGAGUUGCUUUGUGGAUCCUUACCGUGGUUGGUGGAGGCUAGAUUCAACAGGAGUCUCUUCCUGUUGAGCUGGGGUGCUUUUUUAUCUUUGAAACCUCGUCCUGAGGAACCAACCAGAUGUCCUACCAACAAUCGAGUGUUGAUUUAUUCUGGUAAGCCCCCGAAGUUGGUCAGGGUUGUCUGUCCAGCGGAACCAGGACAAAGGCCUUUGGCUGUGCAUGUUUUCAGUGAGGAAUGGUGGGGAGAAGACAUACAUAUACAACAACGUCCACCCAAUUUCUUGGUUGAGUGGAUAGGUACAGAGCCUGGGGUGUCUGCGUUCAGUUGGUUGGAGAUAUCAAGGUCGAGAUCUUCUCUCCUCCAACAGCUUCAAGUUCCUGUGAAUAUAAGUGUCAACGAUACUGAAUUAGAGUGUAGUCAUAAGUGUCCGGAGCUAGAUGCUUGCAUAAAUCCUUCAUUGUGGUGCGACGGUAGAGAUCAUUGCCCAUCAGGAUGGGACGAAUCGGAGUCUCAGUGUGGAGCGACUUCCAAACUGUUAACCUCGCUACCAGGGGCGGCCCUUGCUGCUACCGCGGCUGUCAUCAGCAUCUUCCUGUUCGUAAUAUGCCUCACGCUACACAGGCUAAGAGUGAAACGAAGACGACGUCUCGCAAAGAAAAAGUUGCUCACAGGACCACGUCUUUUCGAUAACAGUUUGAAUUCUUGACAUAAGGGGGUACCAGUGGAAUAUAUACAUGUGGACAGAGAGACUACCGUAUGAGAUCGGGUUCAGCCGGUUCUUUCCGUCCCAGUGCUCACUUUUUUUUAACCUGGUGCCUUCUAGUGAUUUUUGAAACAAUUUCAAAUGAAGUGUCAAAGUUUAUUUCCGGUUUUCCUUCGAGUUGAUCGUUUCCGUUUAUCAGUGACAAAAUGUGAUUUUCUAGGUACGAUGUGAGAAUUCUAGUUCAUAUAAUGAAAAUUGUAAGUAGUUACUAUUGCAUUUGUAUAUGUUUAAAUCAAUCCAUGGACAUCUUCGGUAUUCAAAUACCUGAGCUCAUUGAGAAUCGAACUCAUACAUGGCCUAAUCCAAACAAUUGAUUCAACCUGAGGAGUUUUUUAAUAUGUUUUUGUCUUUUUGAGAUAACAACUAUUUAUAUAU